AUGACCCAAACAGAGUUGGACUGUGAUGUUAAAGGGAACGCCAUUGAUGAGGAAGAGAAUGUUGGGGCAGUUGACACAGACUCAUUUCUGCCAGUUCCAGAAACUGAACUCAAAGGUGUAAAAGACCUGCUAUCCACUGUGCCAGAUGAUGAAGAGGCAGUUGACUACAAACAAUUAGAUCUCUGUCAUCGACUCCGAGUUGAUCAUCUCUUCAGGAGACGAUUUAUCCAUUCAUUUUGGCUGUUCUGGUCAUGUUUUGGACUGGGCUGGAUGGUUGGACUGUAUGGUCCGUCAUUUGCUGAUUUGCGCCAGAUUGUAAACCAGGACCUUGAAGCUGGUUCCUGGCUUUUCACCACUGCUGGUAUUGGCUACCUGGUUGGCUCCUUGCUUGGAGGGAUCCUAUUUGACCGCUUUAACAAGCUGCUGAUCAUAGGGGUUUCCUGCGUCACAAUGGCGGUGUUCACUGGGUUCCAGCCGUGGUGUAGAUCAUACCCACUCAUGCUUGCACUACGAUUCCUGUCAGGCCUCGGAGGAGGGGGCCUUGAUACUGGUGCCAAUGCUGACAUGGUCUCUAUAUGGGAUGAGGAAGGUCGGCCUUACAUGCAGGCGAUGCACGCAUCGUUUGGGGCUGGUGGUAUCGUCGCGCCACUUGUGAUAGAGCCAUUUCUCUCGGAAAAGAUACUGGAAAAUGUCACCAAUGGCAAUACUUCAGAGCUAGUGACAGUGUAUGGAGAGACCAACAUCCACUCUGCCUUUCUGAUAAGCCUUGCUGUUAUCCUCACUGGCGCUCUACCAUUCUUCUACAUGUACUUCCGAAUCUGCUGCUGCGGCAUCAGUCACAAGAUGGCGGCCAAGAAAAUUGACCAUAAGCGUCCUGCGAAAUUACCGACGGAUCUUCGCGAUAUCAUACACGAGCUGCAGACGGCCAAGCGCGCCAGGUUCGAGACGGCCACGCCGGUAACAGGGACACAGUCCACGUGCACACAGGUGAACACCAUGAACGCACCGCCUGCCAGCCACGUGGCUCAGCCGUCAGGAGCACCGACAAGCGCCGCGACAUUUAGUGCCACAUCAUACAGCGACGCGCUACCCAUGAGGUAUUCGGACGUGCAGGCCGCCCAAAGCCAGAGCCCGGAGUUUACUACGCCCUUGGUGAAUCAGGCACAUUGUGAGCAAGGUACUGUGCUUCAAAUGGAAGAGGCUAUAGUCACAACAGUGGCCCAGCACAGUUCCGUGGCGCAGCCUACCACGCGCGGCCCGCUUUCAACCGCGGUUACUUCCGCUCCGCCUUUAAGCAGUACUCUCGCUUCCCCCAAUCAGGCAGACCACGUGUCAGCCUUGACAAUUAUCGUUAUUCAUCACUACAAUUUUUUCAAGAUGGAGCUGGCUAAGGUUGCACGGCGGAUCCAGAGGGAACGUCGCGAGGAGAUGCUGAUGAUAUACAAAUGA